GGCUAUUGACGGUCCCGAUUUCACUCUCACAUUGAACUAGGGUUCUUUGCAAACCGCCACCUCACUCAAUUCCGUAUUUAAAACCGCUGCGGUUUCUCUUCCGCCGGCUUGCGGUGCACUUGUCUCUGCCGUCCUUAAUUUCGCUUCAGGUUUUUUUUCGCGAUUCGGCGGAGGAAAGGGAACUGAGAACGGUGUUUGACCGGUUUCCAUUUUGUUCCGUGGAAAAGGAUAGAUUUUGGGAAAAUGGCGCAGAUUCAGAUGCAGCAUCAGAGUCCGGUACCUACACCAAACGGAGUUGCUGUGCCGAGUGCUGCCGGAGGCGCAGCCGCUAUUGCUGCUUCCGGUGCGGCUGUGGCAUCCCAGUUCCAGGCGACAUCUCUGUAUGUUGGCGACCUGGAUUUCACCGUGACUGACUCACAGCUCUUUGAUGUGUUUAGCCAGAUUGGUCCGGUUGUUUCCGUUAGGGUUUGUCGGGACGUCGUUACUCGUCGAUCACUAGGCUAUGGUUACGUGAACUUUGCCAAUCCUCAGGAUGCGGUAAGGGCACUGGAGAUUUUGAACUUCACUCCUAUCAAUAGCAAGGCUAUCAGGAUCAUGUAUUCUCACCGGGACCCUAGUCUUCGCAAGAGUGGAACUGCAAAUAUAUUUAUCAAGAAUUUGGACAAGUCAAUUGACAAUAAAGCCCUGCAUGACACUUUUUCAAGAUUUGGCAACAUACUCUCAUGCAAGAUAGCAACUGACUCAAAUGGCCAAUCUAAGGGAUAUGGUUUUGUUCAAUUUGACAAUGAGCAAUCUGCUCAAAGUGCCAUAGAUAAGUUGAAUGGAAUGCUAAUAAAUGACAAGCAAGUAUAUGUUGGACAGUUUCAUCGUAAGCAUGAAAGGGACGCUGCUAAUCUUCAAACCAAAUUCAACAAUAUUUUUGUGAAGAACCUAUCAGAAUCCACAACAGAUGAAGAUCUAAAUAAAACUUUUGGGGAAUUUGGGCCAAUUACUAGUGCUGUAGUGAUGAGGGAUACAGAUGGGAAGUCUAGGUGCUUUGGGUUUGUCAAUUUUGAAAAUGCAGAUGAUGCUGCUCGUGCUGUUGAAGCUUUAAAUGGGAAGACAUUUGAUGAUAAAGAAUGGUAUGUUGGAAAAGCUCAAAGAAAGUCGGAGAGGGAGCAAGAAUUAAGAAUGAAAUUUGAGCAGACGGCCAAGGAAUCUGUGGACAAAUAUCAAGGAGCAAAUUUGUAUGUAAAAAAUUUGGAUGAUAGCAUUGAUGAUGACAAGCUGAAGGAACUCUUUAUCGAGUUUGGCACAAUAACAUCGUGCAAGGUUAUGCGGGAAUCUAGUGGAAUUAGCAGAGGGUCGGGAUUUGUUGCCUUCUCAAGUCCUGAGGAAGCUGCUAGAGCUCUUUCUGAGAUGAACGGGAAAAUGGUGGUAAACAAGCCACUUUAUGUUGCACUCGCUCAACGGAAAGACGAGAGAAAAGCAAGGAUGCAGGCCCAGUUUUCACAGGUGCGGCCAGUUGCAGUUGCUCCAGCGCUUGCUCCUCGUGUGGCAAUGUAUCCUCCGGGUGCCCCAGGUAUUGGCCAGCAAAUGUUUUAUGGCCAAGCUCAACCUGCUAUGAUUCCUCACCAGGCUGGUUUUGGAUACCAACAUCAGCUCGUUCCUGGAAUGAGGCCUGGAGGAGCUCCUAUGCCAAAUUUUUUCAUGCCAAUGGUUCAACAGGGCCAGCAAGCUCAGCGUCCUGGUGGCAGACGUGGGACGGGACCCGGGCAACAAACUCAACAACCUAUGUCCUUGAUUCAUCAACAGCAGCAGAUGCUUCCAAGGGGAAGGAUGUAUCGGUUCCCCACAAGCAGGAACAUGGCAGAGGCACCAAGCCCGGCUGGAGGUCUUCUUCCUGUUCCGUAUGACAUUGGUAAUGCGCAUCUUCCCCGCGAUGGUUCUAUGAUGGGAAAACAGCCAUCUGUACCCAUUACAACCCUUUCAAGUGCCCUUGCAAAUGCAUCGCCCGAGCAGCAGAGAGUGAUGCUUGGUGAGAAUUUGUUCCCGCUGGUGGAGCAGGUGGAGCCAGCGCUGGCUGCUAAGGUGACCGGCAUGCUCCUUGAGAUGGACCAAACAGAAGUAUUGCAUCUCCUCGAAUCCCCUGAAGCUUUAAAGGCCAAAGUUGCGGAGGCCAAGGAAGUUUUGAGGAAUGUUCAUCAUCAAGCUAGCAGCAGCCCAGCAGACCAACUUGCUUCGCUUUCCCUCAAUGACAAUGCUGUGUCUUAGGCAGUCCAGGCUUGUUUUUUGAUGUCUGUUUUUUUUUUUUUUAAAAAAAAAUCUAUCUGCUUGGCAGUUAAGAGAUUUCUUUUUUGCUCUAGUCCCAAACAUGGUUUGUUAUAAUUUUCUAGGGAUUCAAUGUGAAAUUGGGAUUUGGCCAUUUCUAAUUAGAUGAAUCUUCUUUUUGCUCUGGACUCUAGUACAACUUUACCAGAGACGUUCUAGGCUCUUUAAGCCAAUUUUAUGCAAGAUUUGGUAGGGGCAGUGCCAUGACAUUGUGCAACAAAACCAAUGCCAUCCAAUUUCAUGGACUCGUUAUCUUACACUUUGGAAUCCUGUACUAUGCACCCCAUGAGUCAAUACUUGUGGGAGUUGUGGAUGUCUUUAUUCUUAUUUUUCUCUUUUUAAUAAAUUAGCCACAUUCCU